AUGAGAAAAGAGAAACAAAUGGAGAAGAAGGAGAAGGAGAAGGAGAAGGAGAAGGAGAAGGAGAAGGAGAAGGAGAAGGAGAAGGAGAAGGAGAAGGAGAAGGAGAAGGAGAAGGAGAAGGAGAAGGAGAAGGAGAAGGAGAAGGAGAAGGAGAAGGAGAAGGAGAAACAAGAUGAACAAAGGAAAUGA